ACCUAGAACUGCCGAUCAAGGACAACGCAAUAUCAGGUUGUGUGGUUCCGUUCGUUUCCUACUAUCGCUAAGAUCCGCUGGCCACAACAUUUGUAUCCAGCCUGCGUCCGGAAGAAGAUCGCGUUCGACUGGCCCCGCGUUUUGUGUGUGUGUGUGUUCUAUCUCGAUACGGCGUGCAAGAGUGCUCAUCUGCGUGACAUAGGUGCUUCCGAUCGAAGUGUAUCUCAAGAAUCGACGACCAAAAGUGCCGAAUCGAGGCGAGCAACAGAAUGAACCACCAGAGCGUUAUGUUUGCCGUGCUGUUGGUGAUAGCAGCGGUUUCCGUACGUGCUGAAACUGGUUUUUACGUACCCAAAGCGUACUACACGAUCGACGAACAUGGCUAUAAAUCCCCGCUCGUCUACAUUGACAGUAUUCCGCAAAUAUUCCAGCGUGUUCGACGAUCCGCUCAACUUCCACCAGUUCCCAACUUUGGUUUUCCGGUGAAUUUCCCUACGUUCCAGUUCCCUAAUCCCGCACAGGGUGGCAAUUUCCAGGCAGUUUCCAUUACCAGCGGAGGAGGCUCCGGUGGUUUGAACAACCGCUUCGACGAACACGGACAGGCGGCUCCCGCUGGAACAACGAUUAACACCUUCUCUUCGCAAAAUGGGCACGUUACCCAGAUGACCCAUCACAUCGACAAGGACGGCAAAGUCACUACCCAUUCCAACAACAAGAAGAACUAAAAGUUCACCGAUGGCCGCGAGUAUUUUUUCUAUUAACUUUCAACCAGAAGCUCCCCACAACUGCAGUUAGGCUGACAUGUCGUGUCGUGUAUCGGCCGGAAUUCGCACAUCGCAUGGAUGAAUUCCAGCGCUUCUGUUUCGCAAAACAACGAUAAACGUUUUAAGUAGCGUUAAUAAAUUACUGUGUUUGAGUGCGUGUGUGUAUUUUGUACUAGUGCCUAGUAUAGUACGGUAAGCAUUCGGCUGAAGUAUGUAUAGUAUUUAAAAGUAAAAUAAAAGUAUGAAAAAAAUGAA